AUGAGGAGAUAUCUGGGGAUUAAAAGGAUUCUUUUGCCAUGGCUGAGGAAGGACAGUGUGCACAAUGAGUCUAGUCCACUCAUACCAAAGGCAGGUUCGACAAAAGAGGAUGCUGAGGAGCCUGGUCAACUAACCAGUGAAACAGGGACAAACAGUGAAUGGGACCACAACAACCCUGUAUUUGCAAAGGUCCAACCUCACUACCAUUAUUCUUUAAUGGACUAUUUCCUAAAAUACUUCCUGUUCCUUUGCAAUCUGGUGUUCACAUUUCUGGGCCUAUUGGUUUUUGGUCUGGCGAUAUGGGGCUUUAUCAGCAAAGAGUCAUUUGCCCGGGAGAAGAUCAGCAGCAUCGGCACUGACCCGAUGCUGAUACUUGUGAUGCUGGGCUUUGUGCUGACUGUGCUCUGCCUGUCAGGUUGUGUGGGUGCCCUAAGGGAGAACUGCUGCUUACUGAAGCUGUUCUCCAUCACCGUGCUGGCGCUCAUCACGGCCCAGGUGCUGGCAGCCAUUGUGGCCUACAGUCUACAAGACCAGAUUGGAGGUUACCUGAGGUCAGGGAUGUUAGCUGCUAUGGUGCACUACCAGGAUGAUCUGGAUCUAAGGUUCAUCACAGAUGAAAUUCAGUCAAACCUGCAGUGCUGUGGGGCAGAUAACUACCGUGACUGGGAGAUCAACAUAUAUUAUAACUGCUCAGCUCCAGGAGUUCUGGCCUGUGGUGUUCCUGCAACAUGCUGUGUGGACCCGCUGGAAAGCGGCACAGUAUGGAACUCUCAGUGUGGUGCAGGAGCACAGCUGUUGGAUGAGUUUACUGCCCAGGGUGUGAUCUUCCUGGGUGGAUGUCUUGGAGGAAUCUCUCACUGGAUCGAGCAGCAUGAGAGCCUGAUAGUGACAGUUGCUGUUGUGGUACUUGGGGUCCAGAUUCUGACUCUUCUUAUUACAACACGGCUGCUAGGAAGCAUCCAGCGGCAUAAGGCUUAUAUACAAGUAUAA